AAAAAACAUUCAUGCAUCCAUCCACGACUGCAAAAAGGAGCAGCACGUCAACACGCGUUCUUUCCGCACAGCCCACCUUCAGCGAUCAUGACGGCGAAGAACCGACAGAAGAGCAACGCCGGCGGCGAGAAAGUCCCGGCCGCUGCCCCGCCGGUGCAGAAGGAGGAAAAGCCCCAGAAAAUUAACGGCGUGAGCGGCUCCGCAGGCGCCCAGGGGCACGCGCGCACCCCCGCCAAGAAGAGCGGCAGUUGUUUGGGCACCCUGCUCUCGGUGCUCUUCUACGCGGCCAUGAUCGCGGGCGCCGGCCUGGCCGCCUUCCACUUGCAGAAGGUGGUCGAGGAGAUCCGCCGCACGAGCGCCAAACACGCGGAAAGCGCGCAAAUGAGCGCCGAGCUCAGCGGCAAAAUGGAGAGCGUCGUUCAACAGGUGGCAUCUCUGAAGGGCGCGGUGAACGCGGUGGAGUCAUCAAUGGCCGCUACCCGUGUGGAGCUGAAGGGCGCCGUGGCCCGGAUGGCGCGGGGCGAGGAGGAGACCAGGCGGGUGGAGGAGGCCCUCCAGAAGCUCCAGAAGGACCUCCUCGGGGAGCUCUCCGAGGGCAUCGGCGAGGUGAAGGAAGCCCGAGAGCGCGACUUCUCCUCUCUGGAGACGACGGUGGAGCAGCGUCUGGAGGAGGUGAGCCGCUCGGUGCGCGCCAGCGUGGCCGAGUUCACGGACGCCCAGGGCGAGGCCCGGAGCCAACUGGCCGACCUCAAGGCCCGGCUGGGCGGCAUCGAAGACCCCGCCGCGGUCAAGCGGGAGCUGGCCGCCAUCGUGGACGUGGUGGCCGAGAUCAGGGCGGCCAAGCAGGACGCCGACUCCUCCGCCGAUUCCAUCCGGGAGCAGAUCAACUCUGUGAGGGAGGAGCUGCGGACGCGCAGCCAGGAAGUGACAUCGCUUUCCCAGGAAGUGGAGUCUGUCAGGUCGGUGGUGCAGGACACGGUGGGAAGUCUCAAGCUGUCCGUGUCCGCCGCCCAGACGGACGUCCAGGCCCUCGGGGACCAAACCGGCACCCUGCGGGGCGGCUUGGAGCAGGCCGCCGAGGGCGUCCGCGACGUGGAGAGGAAGCUGAACGAGGUCGCCGCCCAGACGCAGAAGAGAGCGGACGACAUGGAAGCCCGAAUCAAAGCCUCGGAGGAGAGCGGGGAUUCCGUCGCCGCCAAGGUGGAGUCGCUUCUCUCCCAGUACGACGCCCAGGAGAGCGCUCUGGCUGGGAAGGCCUUCUCCAAGAAGGAGCUGGAGGCCGUGAGCGACCACCUGGAGGAGCUGCGGGCCAACGUGGCGGCCGUGGGGGAGGCGCAGGACUCCCUGGCCGCCACGGACUCGCUCAUGGCCCAGCGGGUGGAGGAGUUGGAGAGGCUGGCGGCCGAGACGGGCGCCGAGCACGCCGCCGAGCUGGAGGAGCACCGGCGAGCCAUCGCCUCCAUGGAGACGGCCUUGGAGGAGGCCGCCCAGACGCUGGCGGCGUUGUCGGAGGCCGGCGGCCAGGCGCAAGAGUAGCAGCACCGCAAACCACAAAACACUCUUUUCUUUGGUAGUAACUUGAAGUUGCACAGGUAGGACAAGACCAGAUGGAGGAGCUGGACUGCGGAGCUGUGAAUUCAAGACUCAAUCUGCACUGUUAGUUACAUUUACUUUUUUUUUUUUUUUUCAAACUUCCUGCCUGCGCCAAAGAUGUUUUUCUUUUUUUUCUUAAGUCAAAAGCAGUAACACCUUGUUGAGCACUCAGUUGUUUACUUUUUUGGGGAGUUUUACAAUAAAAACACUUGUUGAACUAAA